CUGUUUACCUUUGUCACUGUGGGCAUGUCUGAGCUGGCGUGAGGUGACUGAGGGGAAACUGUUGUUUCCACAAUGCCUCAAUGGUAACCAAGUAACUAUCACUGAACCUAUCAACCUACCUAUAAUUACCUACCAUAAUAGUAUUAUGCGACUAGUUUAGCUGUGCUUUAGUAGUACUUAGAUAUGUUGAAUGGGGAAUAUUGAAGAGCUGCAAUAUGAAAUCUAACCGGACCCACCCACAGCAGAGACUGUUUGAUGACCGUUCAUUGGGGUCACCUGAUAAAGACUGCUGUGGAGAGUGCUGCAGGCCUUGCUGUCGGUGCUGCAGCAGACGAGCUGUCUGUCUCUCCAGUAUAAUACUAACUGUAGGAACAGUCCUGGCUGUAGUAGGGGUUAUACUCACUCUGGUCUUUGGGAUCCCCAAAUCACCUCCUGUAAACCGUGUCUGCAGGACAGCAGACAAUGCGACAGGCUUCAUGUGUGACGACAGAGUGACCUGUAUCCCGCCCUCUGACCUCUGUAACGGGGUCGUGACCUGCCCCAAAGGAGCCGAUGAGGACACACACUUGUGCAGUGAUCUCCCCAACAACCUUCCAGGUGGUCUUGUGUUUCGAUGUGGAAACCCUCAGUUCUGGGUCUUUACUGACAAGAAGUGUAACAACUUCAACGACUGUGGCGACUGCUCUGAUGAGAUUGGGCCUUAUGCUGGCUGUGCCCCCUGUGGUGUGUACUGGUGGCCCUGCAUACCAGUGGACUUCCAGUACUGUUCCUGCAUCCCUCGCUGUCUAUGCCGUGAUGGACGCCAGCACUGCUACGACUGGUCUGACGAGUACACCUGCCCCAAAAGUUUAACCUGCUAGGCUAACUGCCACAUCCAUCCCCUAAUCUCUGAACCAAAUCGAAGGUCUAUACUCCGGCCAUGUGAACAGUCUCUCAUCAGAGACUGGAUCCACACCAAUGGUCAGAAUCUUGGGAACAGUCACAAUAAAUAAAACAUUAUAAUUUUAUUUGUAAAAAGUUAAAAACGUAAAUAAGCUGCAGAUUGACUAAGAAAACACUCCCAAGUGUUCUUCCAGCUAAGGAGUGCUUGGGGUCCACUUAAACAAACAAAAACCACCAAAGCUAAACUAGAGGUGGAAGCUGAACUCUGCUGGAUGCAUGACAUCAGGAAGAGUUCAAAUUGAGCAGUGCAUUGUCACGCCCCCCCACACACACACACACAUUUGGGGACUGUGGACCUCGGCUACGGAGGAGACAAAGCAUCAGUAACUGUUGAGUAGAUCCAAAUCGCCUGCUGUGAGAGCUGGUGAUGAAGAAGCACGUUUAACAGGAGGGCUGUGAUGACCACUGUCCCCGACCUGCUGUUUACCAGGCCUCUUCUUGUUCCGUGAACAGGGUUUUACAUGUCCGUUGGUGGACCCUGCGAUUUCAAUGCUGUUGAGUGACGAGUGCUUAAUUUGUCCUCUUUUAGCCCCUGUGCAUUGGGCCUGAUGUGUGUGUGUGCUUGUUGCUGGUUUAUACAAAUGUAUCCUCUCCCUGGUUUUGUCUUGUUCUUUAUCCUGGAUCAGAGGUGAUGCGCUCAGGAUUCCUCUGACAAACUUCUCUCUGCCAACUGAAGAGCAAAUAGUAUUUGUCUUGUUUACAACAACAGCACCUGUACUGACAGCCAGAUCUUGUUUAUAAAAACAGCACCAAACUGGCCACUGCAGAGACAGACUGGCUUAAAAAAAUAGCCUGGUUAAGAUCGGAAUGUGCUUAUAGCCAAUUCCCCUAACCUGUAAGACUGUCCGAUUUGGCUAAAGAACACAGAUCUGGACCUGGUUAGAUUUAAAAAUGGUCUUUCAUUAAAAUAGCGAUGUAAAUACAAAGGAUGUUUACACUUACAAAAGCGAAUAGCUGAUGUUCUUGACUCUUGGAUCUUCUUUAGUUUGGGCCGUUCUGUCGCACUCAACUCCCACCGGUUUACUACCUGUCACAAACAUACAUGAAACAAGUUAUCAAUAAACUACUUUAGUACCAUAAAUGUGCUUUUUGUGUUACCUGUUCUG